CACAAAACAACUAUCUGCUCCCCUGUGUAGUGUGGGUCCCACCAUUGCAUGUGCGCCAGCUCCUUUCUCUAUCCUCUCUAAUUAUCACUUCUUUUUUCCGUUUUCUUGCUUUUGUUUUCUGUUUACAACUCAUAAAAGAAUCCCCAGCAAAAAAGACUCUGCCUUUCUUCUCAUCUUUUAACCAUUUUCAGUUUCACUAAGCUUCAACAAAGCAAAAAAAAAAAAAAAUGAAGCCCGGUUCAGGGCUAAAAACCGGAUCUUUACCAUCAGCGUUUCAUGUUUUGCUUUUAUUACUACUAGUGCCGCCAUUUCCGCCGGCAAGCUCGCAGGCCACCACCACACCCGACGCCGCCGCCAUGUUCGCGCUCAAGAAAAACCUCAACCCGCCACCAGACGCCCUCUCAUGGUCCGACCCGGAUCCGUGCAAGUGGGCCCGGGUCCACUGCUCGGAGAACCGGGUCACCCAGAUCCAAAUCGGGCACCAGAAUCUCCAAGGUACACUCCCCAACGAACUCUCUUUACUCACCCAGCUCGAGCGCUUAGAGCUCCAAUGGAACAAUAUCUCGGGCCCACUACCGAAUCUCAAGGGUUUCACUUCAUUACAGUACCUAAUUCUCAGUAACAAUCGCUUCACAUUUAUUCCCGAUGAUUUCUUCAUCGGCAUGUCUUCUUUACAAUCCGUCGAAUUCGAUAACAACCCGUUUUCCGCGUGGGCGAUACCCGAAUCCCUUCGAAACGCUUCCACCCUGCAGAAUUUCUCGGCGAAUUCGGCGAAUGUCACCGGGGCAUUCCCGAAUUUCUUCGGCCCGGAUGAAUUUCCGGGCCUCACUAGUUUGCAUUUAGCUUUGAACAAUUUAGAGGGCGGGCUUCCGUUGUCGUUUUCCGGGUCACAAAUCGAGUCUUUGUGGGUUAACGGGCAGAAGCUUAGCGGCGGAAUCGAUGUUUUGCAGAAUAUGACAUUCUUGAAGGAGGUUUGGUUGCACUCGAACGGGUUUUCGGGCCCGUUGCCCGAUUUCUCCGGGUUGAAGAACUUGGAGAGUUUGAGUUUAAGGGACAAUUCAUUCACGGGGCCCGUUCCGGUUUCUUUGACAAAUUUGGAGUCUUUGAAAGUUGUUAACUUGACUAACAACUUAUUCCAAGGGCCAAUGCCGAAGUUCAACGAAUCCGUUUCGGUCGAUAUGACAAAGCACACGAAUAGUUUCUGCUUGCCACAACCCGGCGAUUGUGAUCCGAGAGUUAAUACAUUGCUCUCGAUUAUAAAAUCGAUGGAUUAUCCGAGAAAAUUCGCGGAGAAUUGGAAUGGGAACGACCCUUGUGCGGAUUGGUUCGGUAUCACUUGCAACAAUGGGAAUAUAACAAUUGUCAACUUCGAAAAUAUGGGUCUCGUGGGCCCCAUUUCACCCGACUUCGCGUCGCUUAAAUCGCUUCAAAGAUUGGUUCUUGCUAACAACAAUUUCACCGGCACUAUUCCGAACGAGCUCACUUCUUUACUCGGGCUUAUGGAGCUCGAUGUAUCCAACAACCAUCUCCACGGAAAAAUACCUUCUUUCAGAAGUAAUACAAUGGUCAAAACAAACGGAAAUCUUGAUAUUGGAAAGGAUAAACCCGAUUCGGACUCGACAGGCACGUCAGCAGUGGGUCCCGCUUCGGAUAUGCAAAGGGAUAAUAAUCGUAAAAAAAAUCGAAACUGGAUCGGGAUAAUCAUGUUUUGUGUAGUGGGCGGUGUGUUUGUGCUGUCUUUAAUCGGCGUGGCUGCGUUUUGUGUGUACAAAAAGAAACAGAACCGAUUCAGCAGAGUUCAAAGCCCCAACGCAAUGGUGAUACAUCCACGUCAUUCGGGAUCGGAUAACGAGGCGGUGAAGGUCACCGUCGCGGGUCCCAGCGUCACGGUAGGCGGCGUCAGCGAAACCCACACAGUCACAGCCAACAACGAAACGAACGACAUCCAAAUGGUCGAAGCUGGAAACAUGGUGAUAUCGAUCCAAGUCUUGAAAAGCGUGACCAACAAUUUCAGCGAGGAGAAUAUUCUCGGGCGGGGAGGGUUCGGCACGGUGUACAAGGGGGAGCUGCACGACGGGACGAAAAUCGCCGUGAAGAGAAUGGAGUGCGGCGUAAUUGCAGGGAAAGGAACUGCAGAGUUUCAAUCCGAGAUCGCCGUCCUGACGAAAGUUCGACACAGGCAUCUUGUUGCUCUUUUAGGGUACUGUCUUGAUGGGAACGAGAAGCUGCUCGUGUACGAGUAUAUGCCACAGGGGACGCUGAGUCAGCAUAUAUUUAAUUGGGCGGAAGAAGGGUUGAAGCCUUUAGAGUGGAAGACGAGGUUGACUUUGGCGUUGGAUGUUGCUCGGGGUGUCGAGUAUUUGCACGGGUUGGCGCACCAGAGUUUUAUACAUAGAGAUCUUAAGCCUUCGAAUAUUUUAUUAGGCGAUGAUAUGAGAGCUAAGGUUGCCGAUUUCGGUCUUGUGAGGCUCGCGCCCGAAGGGAAGGGCUCGAUCGAGACGAGAAUAGCUGGCACUUUUGGGUACCUUGCGCCCGAAUACGCAGUGACUGGGCGAGUGACGACAAAAGUCGACGUAUUCAGUUUCGGAGUAAUCCUAAUGGAAUUAAUAACCGGAAGAAAAGCACUCGACGAAAGCCAACCCGAAGAGAGCAUGCACCUCGUCACAUGGUUCCGAAGAAUGCACCUCAACAAAGAUACCUUCCGGAAGGCAAUAGACCCGACCCUAGACCUAACCGAAGAAACCCUAGCAAGCAUAACCACAGUCGCUGAGCUGGCGGGCCACUGCUCCGCUAGGGAGCCCUACCAGAGGCCCGACAUGGGCCAUGCGGUCAACGUGCUCUCCUCGCUCGUGGAGCAGUGGAAACCGGUUGACCAGAGCUCGGACGAUAUUUACGGGAUUGACCUUGAGAUGUCUUUGCCGCAGGCGCUUAAGAAGUGGCAGGCGUUUGAAGGUAGGUCCCACAUGGAUUCUUCUUCUUCGUCUUAUCUCCCGAGUUUGGAUAAUACUCAGACGAGUAUACCCACUAGGCCGUUUGGCUUCGCCGAGUCGUUCAGUUCGGCCGAUGGGAGGUGAAGAAGGUGUGAAUGAUUAUUUUUCAUAUGUGGUGGUUUUUUUUUUUUCUUUUUUCUUUUUUUUUUUUUUGUGACUGAUUUUAAUUUUUGUUACAUGUUCAUAUUCUUUCUUGUGCACUUAUAUCUCCUCCAUUCAGUGUAACUUAGUUCAAUUGGUUGGUCUUUGAUUUUUGCCUUAGUCCUUUUUUUUGGGGAUUUCUUUUUUA